UUCCAUGCCAGCUCUCUGAUCUGAUGCUAGACUUCCUUGUUGAUGCCAGCUGAGUAACCCUCGGUGUGUCAGUGCAUUCCCAUAACAUCAGCACCCAAUGUCUAAGAGUUGACAUGUUGCAGACGGAACUAAGCCGGGGUCUUUAGGACCUGGCAGACACCUAGUAUGGGCGGUGUAGCGGGCGGAGAAGGUGAAGUUACCCUCAGAGGACUGAUCAGAGGUCAGUUCUGUAAUUUACCCAAAUGUAGCUUAAGGUUGUGACAAGGCCGGGAAUGCUGAUCCCCAGUCAGUUUCUCACAGAAACGUAGUAAGCAGCUACGCAUUUCGCCAACGACGUAGAGGAUAAAUACAUUAGACACGGGUUUAGGCUUUGGUUAAUAUACAAAGAAUUGCUCUGUAUAAGCUAUUGUAAUGGUCCUAGAGCUUAAAACUUAAAGUAUCCCCCUUCCAAGUAAUAGUAAGCUACCCGAGCGAUCAGUUGUUUUGUAGUUGUUGUUGACGUUGUUUGGAAUAACGUCGCCCCGCGGCUUUGAUGCAGCUAAGAGCAAAGAUCCAGCCCAGACGUCUAUCAUAAUCCGCAGUGUUAACAUCUCCAUUCAAGUCGCUGUCUUGGAGGUUAGUGCACAGGAGAGCUUGGCUGGGAUCAACUAUGCAUGCAAAUACAACACGGGGCUUUCUGUGGUCGGAUGUGGAGACGAGGACCUUAUUAAAUAUCUGGGGUGAGCAGGAUAUCCAGACGGCGCUGGAUGGAAACUUCCGAAACAGCUUCGUGUACCGCGAUGUUGCGCGGAGACUGGGGGUGAUGGGCUUUGAGAGGACCCCGGAACAAUGCAGGGUGCGGAUUAAGAGCCUCAAGAGACAGUACUUGUUAGCGAAAGAGGGUAACCUACGGAACAACGGGCAGUACCACAAGAUCUGUAAGUUUUAUGACACCAUGGAGAGGAUCUUGAGCAACCGGCCCGCUAUUGACCCUCAGGAGUUGAUGGACAGCGGGGCGGGAGGAGAGGAGCCCGGCGAUGGCGUGGAGGAGGAUGGAGAGGAUGCUCAGGAUGCGUACUCGGAGAGCACGGGGGAAUGCCCUGUUCCUGCAGAGACGGAAGUGAAGUUGGAAUAUCCAUCUAUUCCCAUUCCUAUCCCUGUGAAAGUCACAGUGGGAAAUAAUAGUGCUUCAGUGAGACCAAAUAACAGCAGCCAGCCGACCAGUAACUUGUCAUCCAGCAGACCGAAAAGGACAAGGAAGCGGCGUGCUAACUUCCCCAUGGAGAAGCUGAUGGAGCAGUUCCUGGAGCAGAGCGCCCAGGCCGAGGAGAGCUUCUACCGAAUGGAGGAGCAACGCUUGCAGGCCGAGGACCGUCGGAGAGAGGCCGAACACGCCAGGGAGCUGCACAUGCUCCAGAUGCUUGGUCAGAUGUUCUCCAACAUUUCCUCUGCCAGCCACGGCUCCGCAGCUGCUCCCUCGAGGACUGCGCCACCUGCUCGCGUCCCUGUGUGCACCAGUGCCUCCCCCACAUGUACACGUGGCCAGUCCAGCCACCUCAGACAUCCUUCGCCCCAGGCAGACUGUGUCACCCAGCAAAGUCAACUGUUGAACACAGAUCCGCAGGCAUUAGCGUUUGAGCGGUACUACAGCUUCGGGUCCUCAGCACACAGAGGAAUGGGUGAUGACUUCCUGUCACUGGUUAAGAGCAUAGUCCCUCCUCUGUCAUCCAAAAAGCACAAGGGACAAGAUGGACGAAUUGGGAUCAUCGGAGGAUGCCAAGAGUACACUGGAGCUCCAUACUUUGCUGCCAUCUCUGCACUGAAAGUGGGUGCUGACCUUUCUCACGUAUUCUGCACCAGGGAUGCUGCAACUGUAAUCAAAUCAUACAGCCCUGAGCUCAUAGUUCACCCUGUCCUGGACAGCCCUAAUGCAGUGGAAGAGAUAGAGAAAUGGCUCCCAAGACUGCAUGGCCUUGUGGUGGGACCAGGGCUCGGGAGAGAAGACUCACUACUGAAAACAGCCAAGGAGGUGAUAGAAAAGUCUAAAGCGAGAGACAUUCCUAUAGUCAUUGAUGCUGAUGGAUUAUGGCUAGUCUCGCAGCAACCAUCUGUCAUUCAAGGGUACCAGAAGGGCAUCCUUACACCUAACUUCAUGGAGUUCACCCGACUGUACGAGGCACUGCACCAUGAGCCUAUGGACAGCAGUGAUCACCAACGCAGUGCCAUGCAGCUCAGUGUAGCUAUGGGCAACCUCACUGUUGUGCUUAAAGGGGAACAGGAUGUCAUCACAGAUGGCAACAAGGUGAUCUCAUGCAGUGUUGAGGGCAGUGGGAGAAGAUGUGGCGGACAAGGUGAUCUCCUCUCUGGAUCAAUGGGUGUACUGGCACACUGGGCCUAUACCUCCUCUACCGGAAUGGUGAAAAGUGUGAAUCCAGCGAUGGUGGCAGCGUUCGGGGCCUGCUCUCUUACCAGACAGUGCAACAGUCAAGCUUUCCACCGACAUGGCAGAUCCACCACCACCUCAGACAUGAUCCAGGAGAUUGGCUCGGCCUUCAAAAAGCUCUUCGAAAGCUAAAAGCUGCCACCUGAAAUCCAAAUUGUACAACAUUGUUUAUAAGCCUAUAUGUACCAGUUUUGCUUUCAUACGAACACUGUCAAUAUAAAACACUAUUUUUCACGCAGGGAUGAAAACUUUACUUUGCUUGCCAGCUUGUGGCUGGGCUGGUGGAAAAUGUCCUCAGCAGUAAGAAUUUGAAAGGUCUCACCCUCCAAGAUAGUACCAAAAUACAAUUCAAAUAAUGUUCAGAUAAUAUUUGUAUGGAUAUAGCUUACUGAUGUCUUGUUUGAGGUGUAUGACAUGAACCCCAUUCAACAGCACGCUACCUGCGUAAAUUCUGGACAUAAGUUGUUGAUCCAUGAAACAUGUUGAGGCCAAAUUUUAACAGCCCACCCAAGAAAUUAAAGCAACAUGGAUGUUUACUGACAUUUGCCUGUAAUAUAUGUUCCUCAGCUCAAUGUAAAUCUAUAUUUUUACACUCAGGUUCACCAGGACCUGUGUUCACAAAACUGCCCUCAAAAAUAUAGUUCUAAUUAAAAUAUGAACACUUUACAAAUACAACUCAGCAAGUGUCACAUAAGGAAGCGAUGGUUAUAUAUAGAAAGCUAACCUCACAGUGAAGCCCAGUGUCAUAAUAGAAUAACAGAAUAUUGGCAAAGCUUAUAAAGAGCUCUAGACCAGUGGCUCCCAAACCAGACCUCAAGGACCCCCUGACCUGCAGGUUUUUGUUCCACCUCUACUCUCACACACCUGACCCAGUUAAGUUCAAGUUCAGGUGUAUUAAGAAACCAAUAUCACAGUUAAGGCCCUUGCACCUUCAUGCACACACAGGUAGAUGUGUUUCAGCCAGUCAGCAUGAAGACCUUAAAUGGAUCAGGGGUGAGAGCGUAGAGCCGAAACAAAAACCUGCAGGACUUGGAGCCACUGCUCUAGACCAGAUUCACCACAGGCAAAUGUGUUCCUAAACCCUCUCGUUGCUUUAAGAUGGUAAGAGAAAUCGGUGCUUAGUAAAACCAUAAACCUGUUGGAAUUCUCAAAUAAAGACUAAAUAAAUUUGAUUUUGUGUGAACA